AGACCAGACUCGAACUAUUAGCUGUGCUUUUCUCUGCGCGUAUCCUGCCAGACCCUGCUGAAUGCCGAGAGCACGCACUUGGUGGUUUUGUUCAUUUUAGCUCGCCAGCAUUGGUAACAGUUUGUCUUGUUUUGGGCGGUGGCUGGUACUUGCCGACAUUGGGCCACUUCAGGAUUUUACUUUGCAUCGCGCUCCCUGAACGUAAGACGAUGCUCUGGUCUCUGCUGCUCUUGUGUCUUCCCAGCAUCCGGUUUGCUUUGCCCGGACCUUGCAGAGUGGGGCAACCGCUGGGUUUCCAGCUGCCGAGGAACAUCAGCCGAGAAGCAGCUGCUGCUCAUUCAGAGAAACUCUUUCAGCAGUUCGUUUGGAGGUUUAAUCGCAGCUACGCGGCAGGAAGCCCCGAAUUCGUUCAGAAAUACAAAGUGUUCCAGGAAAGCAUACGGAGACACUACUCCCUGAAUCUUAUUUCUUCAAUCUUCUUGAAUGAAAGUGGCUUUGCUACUUUUGGAAUCAACCAGUUCUCCGAUAUCCCACCUCAAGUAUUUAGAGCAACAUAUUUGAGUUCAAGAUCAGUGCAACUUCCCAAAUAUAUAUCAGUUUUUAAGGAUACCAAGAGGCCAGCAUUGCCACCAAAAUUUGACUGGAGAGACAAGAAUGUGGUUACACCUGUACAAAAUCAACAAUCUUGCGGUGGCUGCUGGGCAUUCAGCAUUGUGGAGAGUAUUGAAUCUUUAUGUGCAAUCAAAGAGGGACACCUGAAGUUGCUGAGUGCACAAGAGGUUAUAGAUUGCUCUUAUAGGGAUGCAGGUUGCAAAGGUGGCUCACCCAUCAAUGCCCUAAUGUGGCUAAAUGAGAGCAAAGCAAAGCUGGUGAAAGAGUCAGAGUAUCCUUUCAGUGCAAAAACUGGAAUGUGCCAUUAUUUUUCAAAGUCUACAUUUGGUGUUGCUAUCAAAGAUUAUAAAGCAUAUAACUUCAGAUAUAAUGAAGAUAUUAUGAUGGAGAAACUGUUAGAAUGGGGUCCCUUGGUGGUAGUCGUGGAUGCAGUAAGUUGGCAGGACUAUCUUGGUGGCAUUAUUCAGCAUCACUGCUCUCAAGGAAAGUCAAACCAUGCAGUAGUCAUCACUGGUUAUGACACGACAGGUGAUAUUCCUUAUUGGAUUGUACGGAAUUCAUGGGGAACCAAAUGGGGAAUUGAUGGCUAUGUAUACAUCAAAAUGGGAAGAAAUAUUUGUGGGAUUGCUGAUUCAGUUGCAGUAGCGUUUGUAUGAGAAGGAUCUUGGAUCUUGGUCUGCCUACAGGACAGCCUUUUACCAAGAACUGA